CGUGGUGAGAAAAAUGCCACGACUCAGACAAGCAGACGAUGGCAAGCAGAUGUCUCUCGAAGAGCUGUUUAAAUAAUUCCAGUGGAUAGUGAAUAAUACUAAAGCUGAAAUAAAUUUGUACAGCACAGACAACUCAGCUGAGUUUUGUGGCUAUAAAAAUGCCCCCAAGUGGCUAAUUGCCAGGACAGCCACUUGUGUCUGUUUUUUAUCGAUUUGUGUAUAACUCUUGCCCUGAAAUCUGCACCCUGUAUGUAAGACCCGCUGACAAAACAACAGAGCCCUCACGCCCACUUGGUGGACAAUCUGAAAAAUAAUGCCAAGGUCCAAAAGCCAUCGCAGCAAUUAAAAAGGGAUUUGCCACCGGAAUUCGCAACGAAAACAGCAGUAGAAGACCAUGGAUGUGGGUGGACAGGAAAGCACCUAUGAGCCCUUGGAUGGACGAGGCUCAGGACGUUCGAGGAGUAAUAAUUCCACGGCUGGCUCCGGACUGAGGCAUCCCGGCAGCAUGGAUAGUCCCGAGUUCGAUACACGCGCUCCCAAGGAUCAGAGGCACUCCGUCUACCUGGCUCUCCUGGCAGCGGGCAUAGGUUUUGUUCUGCCCUACAAUAGUUUCAUUAUUGCGGCGGACUAUUGGCAGGCACGUUUUCCGGGUCGUCCGGUGGCCCUGGACAUGUCGAUGACUUACAUUUUCGUGGCCUUCGGCACCGUCCUGAUGAACAACAUAGUGCUGUCGGUGGCGCCGUUCCAGUCCCGUGUGCUCUUCGGCUACAUGAUAUCCUUCACCACACUAAUCUUUGUCGCCGUCUGCGAGGUGGCCUGGCACAUGUUUGCCUCGAAUACCGCCUACCUGGUGAAUAUGUCGGCGGUGGCAUUGACCGCCAUCGGAUGCACUGUUCAGCAGUCCAGUUUCUACGGAUUCGCCUCCAUGCUGCCCAAGCAGUACACCCAGGCGGUGAUGGCCGGCGAGAGCAUUGCCGGAUUCCUGGUGUCUUCCAAUCGUGUGGUUACCAAACUGCUGAUCAACAACGAUCGCGUGUCCACGGUCAUCUUCUUUCUCACCUCCACGCUCUACAUACUCUUCAGCUACCUGCUGCACGUGGCCACGAUCAACUCGCCGUUUGUGCGGUUCCAUGUGGAGGCCUGCUCCAAGAUUGUCCUGCGGCCUGAUGAGGAGAUUGAUGGAGUUGCAAGUAGUACUCGAUACGGUGUGCUCUCGAUGGAUGGCACGCAUACCACGACCACAUCGGUGGGUCCUCCAGGCACCGGAAAUACCCUGAGUUUCAGCAAUCCCGUCUACGAGCUGUCCAAUCCGACAGCCGGCGAAAGCAGCAUCGAGUCCUUGGGCCAACUGCCUGAGCUCCCUGCCACGCCCCCCGCCCAGGAGCCCACAACGCCCACGACGGUAGCUUUCAAGGUGGAGCACGUGAUAACCCCUCGACGCUGCCGGCCGAGCAAGCUGGGCGACAUCCGCGAGGGAUUCGUGACCCGGUGGCGGGUGGCCCAGGUGAUCUAUCCGCACAUGGUGUGCAUCGCCCUCGCCUACUGCGUGACCCUCUCCCUGUAUCCGGGCAUCGAGGUGGAGGUGCAGUCAUGCGCCCUCCGCUCCUGGAUGCCGGUGCUGCUGAUGUUCUGCUUCAACACGUCGGACGUGGUGGGCAAGAUCCUGGCCGCCAGUCCGUAUCCCUGGUCGCGUCGCCAGCUGAUCCUGCUGUCCGGCCUCCGGAUCGUCCUCGUCCCGCUGCUGCUCCUCUGCUGUGCGCCCCGCCAGCGACCCGUGAUCUCCGGCGAGACGGCACCCUUUGUCUUCACCAUCGCACUGGGCAUCACCAAUGGGUUGGCGGGCAGCCUGCCCAUGAUGCUGGCCCCCGCAAAGGUGCCGGGAACGCUCAAGGAGGUCACUGGCAAUAUAAUGACCUUGUCAUACAAUGUGGGCCUGACGGUGGGCUCCCUGAUUGGAUACGUUUUCGAGAGCAUGCUGGGGCCGCAGCUGGUGAAUCCCUGUCCCACAUAUCCCUAUGUGCCCGCCUCGAUGCUGGAGCAGUUCCACGGGCACGGCCAUGGACAUGGCCACCUGCCGCAUCCGCUGCCGCUGACUAGCACCAGUACGAUGAGUCCGCCAACCACGGGAGCCACCACGCUGGCCCCACUCCUGCUCAACACCACGCUGGCCAGCCUUGGAUUGCCCUCCACCAGUUCCACCACCAGCACCGCCAGUCCGGCCCUGGCCACCGUGAUCACCACCACGGCUCUGGCGCUCUACAGCACGGUGGCCGCCGGCAGUGCCGAGGUCAUCAAUGCCACCAUUUCCUCGAUCCUGUCCACCGUCACCAGUUCGGUGGGCGAUAUCAGCGACGAGAUGACCACAGAUCCUCAGACGCCAGAUGCACUGCUCGAUAAUAUCUAAGGAAGAUUUUAUCCUUUAAAAAGAUUUGGAAAAAAAAACGACAACUCAAAUUUCUACACAGCCAUAUCUAUAUUAAAAUCAUUCUUUCUAAGUUUGUUUCAAGCCUCGGUGUAAACUGAUUGUAUAGAUUGCUAUUCAAAUUUUAGGUAUAAUUAUUAUUUUUUAAGCAAUUUCAAAUCAAUAUCAAAGAAAGCGAAAAACCAUAACUGAUUUAUUCCCGCUAUUGAAUUUGUAUUAAUAGUGCAGCAGUAGCAAUAUUCUUUAAAAUAAUUUUAAGAUACCUCAAUUUUUGACAACUUUUUAUAAAAGAAGCAAUUGAAAAGCAAACAAAUUUGAUCAUUGAAAUACCUUUUUUAUUCAAUUUUGUAGAGCUUCUGUAAUGGCUAUAGGAAAGGUAAAAUGUAAAAUUUUCCAAAUAUAUACUUAAAGCUCAAGAUAAAAUAUAUAAAAUGUGAACCAAGAUUCCAGUUUUUAGCAAGCGCAAAACUUCUUACUAUAGGCAAUACUACUCCUAUAUGUACUAUAUACUAUAUAUCUAUUACUAUAGAGUGUCUAGGGUAUAUGUGCUUUCAGUUUGAUUUCAAAUAUUCUAGAGUACCUACAUAUUAAUCUCCGAAUAUACUCCAAACAAGUGCUAUGGAUUUCAAAUUGCAAACCUGUUGACCUAAAGUAAAUAUGUAUUAAGUGUGAAAUGGUGAUUGGAAAAAAGGCCUGGUUAUUUUUGUAAGAGUGAGAAAUGGAUAACUGCAGAUGCAGGCAACUAAUGUUAACUUGAAAAGCAUAUUAUACUCAAAGGCAGAUUAACAAUGGGAAAAGUAAACAAAUAAUUUAGAUUACAGUGUUUUGUUAAGUUAUCGUAGCAUAAACUAGAAGAAUGUGAGUUUUCUGAAUGUCCGGUACCAUAAGUGUUGUAAGCAUUGUAAGCCAUCAAGUGCAAAGGCUGGCCUUAACUUAUUUUGUUGCUUUUAUAUUUAUUUCUUUGGCUAAAUUUGUAAGGAGAAUGGUAUUGAAAUAUGUGUAUCGAUAGGAAAAAAAUUUGAUGCAAACA